AUGGCCUUUGUCCCGGAACGUUGUGCAGAUAUGCACAAUGCACUGUUACGACGAGCCACCGAGCACGACCCGACCGCCGUCACGGAGCGGACGCUGGUGAACCGGUUUCUGGAGGCUGCCCCCGAAUUCGCAAACAUAGACGGCCUUGAGGAGCUGCCCAUCUACCGCUUCUUCUCGUCCAUAGAGACGACCCUUUCGCCGCCAGGGCGAGGUCCAGGCGCGCUGACGCCGCACAUGCUCCAGCCCGAUCCGUUGGGCUUUUGGAGUCCCACCUUUGCCGUCUAUGAACGGCCCGAGAUCAUCCUACUCUACGGCCAGAACACCGGCGAGCCUACGGAUGGCGGCUUAUUUCUCAACCUCCAGAGCUGCCGGGUGGUCUGGCACUGGGCGCCCUGGCCGUUCCCUGCCGACGGGGAAUGGAUCGCCCUCGACUUCGCCUUGCAGCAAUCCAUCGACAAGUGGAACUCUGGGAAAUACUUUUGGGAUGCCGCACAGCGCAUCAUUGACGUGCGGCCUUGGACCGACAACGACCUGACCGAUGCUCUCUCGUCAUGGGACCGCCUCCUCAACAGCAUCGAGCAGAGACUUCCACAGCCCGCCCAGAGACGCGACCCCCUCCAGCUGGACCCAGAGACCAGGACGGCCUUCCGCAUGAGCACUUUUGCAGCCGAGUUCCUCUCGCGAGCCCCACGGCCCGGUUUCACAUUUGUCGCCCCGGGGAUCACGGCGUUCUCCACCGACAGCCUCGCCGAGCUGUACGCGUCCGAGAGCCAGCACGCGCCCCGGCGCUCCCACCCCACCGGCGCAGGAGAUCCGGACGGGGACGAGUGGGCGAGCCUCGUCCUUCCCGCGGCCCGGCCCGUGGCCGACAGCGUCCCGCGCCGGUACCAGGACUUUGACAGGCCCUGGGGCUUUGGCAAGUUCACCGUGGGCCGCCGCGCCGGCCUCUACGUCGUCGCCGAGGUCUCGGACGCGGGGGACUUCACGGGCCGUUGUCCCUGGGGGCAUAGGCGGCCGCCUCGCCUUGCCGAGAUACUGGCCCAUUGGGCAUCGCUCGUCGAGUCUGGCACGUGGGCAGUGGGUGCGGAUGGGGUUGCGGACGUGGACGACUGGUUUGACCGGCGGCUGGACGCCGCAAAACUAAGCUGGAACGCGUUGUAG